AUGGCCUUCUUCUCAUUCGCCACCCAGCCUCGAGCACGAUUCGUCAAGACUAUGACAUUGAAUAUUUUCGGAGUUUGCCUUGCUGCAGCUGUCAUGCUAUUGUCUAUCUACUGUGCAGUCAAGUCUAGGGAGCGUUCAGAGAGCGCUACACAAAAUAGUUCGUCAAACAACAAUCUUGAGAUUAGCUACAGCGCCUCGGCUAGCGCAGUGAUUGCAGUGUGGCUCUGUGUGUCCAUUUACCUCAUCAACGUGGGACGAGCGCUGCGUCCAGAAUAUUCAGUCACCGGUACUAUCCUGAGCUUUUUUGUCAUUGUAGCUUCAAUUAACGCAACGCGAAUAGCGCACAUGUCGCAGGGCGAAGUCUUGAUCAAACACAUGAUUGGGGCAUUCCUCAUGGGGUUUGCCAUAGCAGUCGGUGUCUCGUUCUUCAUCUUUCCCCGGAGUCACCGGAAGCUCUGCUUCAAGCUGACGGACGACUUUGUCAGCAAGCUCAAGGAUUCCCUAAAAGCUCAAGGUGCUUACAUGCGACGGAUGCGACGCAAGAAUUUGGUUUUCACGUGCGUGCAAGAGACGAAUGUUUCUACGGCGCGGAUGAGUCCCAAAGAUAUUAGAGCUACAAACUCACCAGAAGCGCAACGAUUAAAACUCAGCACCGCAAGUCUCUCUGCAACCUUUGGACGCAUGCAUACUGAACUGGAAUAUGCUAAGAUAGAGUUUGCUGUUGGUCACCUCGACGUGUACGAUCUCAAAAAGAUUCGGGAAUUGCUUCAAUCUAUUCUUCUACCCAUGAAUGGGAUGUCCACGUUGAUUGACAUUCUGAAAGAAGUGGCGAUUCGAGCGGUAGGCGCCGCAGAAGAUGAUGAUUCAGAGGGUCUAGCUUUCGACGACUUGGAAGCGGAGCGUGUUGCAUGGGCCAAUGUGAUGGAUUCGCUCGUGAGUUCCUUCGACUCCCUAGCAGAGACCUUGGAAAAUGCGCUGGAUCAUGUGUCCAUUCAAUUGCGAUUCGGCCGCAGGAGGAAACGGGCAGAAGACAGAGAAAAAGGAAUUCCACGACCAGGUGACAGGGAUUUUGUGGCUUUCUUGAGUCAAAUGAUUGAUGAGUUUGACUGCUCCCGCUCCAGCGCCUUACGAGGUUGGAGUCAAGCAGCGGGUGUUGAUCUACCCGUUGCUUUCACGACAGACCUUUCAAAAGACCCACAGCCAACGAUCACCAACCAUUUCGCCGUCGGUAGACAUUACCGACAGAAUCAACAACGACUGUGUCUUGUCUUGUACAUCGAGUUCCUAACUUGGUCCACUGCGAAGGGUGUUUUGGACCUUGUGGUGUUUGCGAAUGUCAAAUCCCAGGAAGCCACAAAAAGAGGAUCGAGGUUGAUCCUUCCCGGAAAGAAGCGGAUGAAAAAAUGGAUUCGAACUAUGUGGACUUCAACGGACUCGAUAGCAGAUCCCACGAUUACUGGUCGCGAAGGCACUCGAACCAUUGUUCAUCUUGGAGAAGCUUACAAAAAACGAAGAGACCCUGAACACUUGCCAGCUGCCAGCUACCUGGAAGUUAUCGGUGAUCAGAUACGACGCACAUCACAUUUCUUUGCCUCUGAGGAAUCGGCUUUUGGAUUCAGAGCUGUCUGCGCUGUUAUGACUGUGGGAAUCGUCGCCUUUCUCCACGAUACUCAGACUUGGUUUCUCCAACAACGUGGUCUAUGGGCGCUCAUCCUUGUUGCCAUUUCACUGGCUCCGACGACAGGUGCUUCAGUCAUCGGAUUCCUGGGCCGGGUUGUCGGAACAAUAGCGGCAAUGUGUACCUCGAUUAUUUUGUGGUAUGUCCCAGAUGGGAAGGCCGGCGGAGUCAUCCCGGUGCUCUUCAUCGUUGAAUUUUUCGGGUUCUACACUCUCUUCAAGUUUCCACAAUUUUCUGUUGGCGCCAUCCUCUUCAACGUCACUAAUCUGCUUAUUGUGGGAUAUGAAUUGGAAGUUACUAAGCUUGGGAAAGAGGCUGUGGCCUCGACUGGGCAGCCAUAUUAUCCAAUCUAUCUUCUGGCGCCCUACAGACUUGCCACUGUGCUGACCGGGACGUUUGUCGCGUUUAUCUGGUCAUAUUUUCCAUUUCCAGUGACCACUCAUGGCAAAUUACGACGAGAGCUUGGAGCCGGGCUUUACCUUCUGGCAACAUACUACGCCACAGUUCACAGUACGGUUGAGAUGCGCCUCCAAGACUUCGUCUUGGAUCCCCGAAUCAAGAAAAGUCCGGCUUAUCGAGUUGAAAAAGCUCGAGGUAAAGCAUUUGCAAAAACAAGUAUUCAGAUUUCAAAACUACGGCUCCUGGCUCGUGAAUGGGAGCCCACCAUCGGCGGUCGCUUCCCGAAGGAGACUUACCACGACAUUAUCGCAUCAAUGGAAAUUAUCUUCAAUUACAUGACACUCAUCUCCUAUUCCACACGCACCUUUUCUCCAUCCUCGCCUCUGUUCUCCGCACCUGUGUUCCCGUCGACUCAUCGUCUUUCUCCCAUGCUGUCUGGCGAACCUCAUACACUGCCAGACAUAGAGAAACCAUGGAUCCACAACUUUCGCCUCUUCAUGCGCAGCCUCAAUAUAACCACGCACGACAUCACAUCCAUGCUCAGCCUGCUGUCCGCUAGUGUCACCAACGCACAGCCUCUUCCACCCUUCCUCAGAGUCCCGCAUCCGUAUCGUCUUGGUCCAGACCUUCACAUCAUCGAUCCUGAUGUUUUAGGCAUCGAACAUGUUGCUGAGCCUUGUUAUGCUGCAUUUGCCGUCUGCCAGGUUGCCAGCAGCUUGGUAAGCGAGGAACUGGAGCGAUUAAUAGGGAUGGUCAAGAGUCUUGUGGGCGAAGUUGACUUCAGCUUCCACAUUGAACGAAAGCCUGAGAGAGUGACGACUUGGAGGAGCCGGACUGGUACCUUCGGAACAAAGAACAUGAAAGAGGGUGGAAGGGAGAAGAGAAAGGACCUGUCGAAUUCAAACGGGAAGGGCAAAGCAGAGUGA